ACCUGGCACUGUUUACUGAAAGAGCAAGCCCUACGCUUAGCUACAGCUGUAUUGUUGAAGCGGAGGGAGGAUUUGUUUGUUUGUAACGAGGCUAGGAUCGUCAUGGAACUGACUCCAGUUAUGCAAGACAAUUCAACAAUAUGGCAUCCGAGUUCCACACUUAUGCCUAUAGACAAUAUAUCCGUGUCAAUUACCAGUACAGGUGUUCCAUAUCCAAACAUCGACAAAUCAGAGUAUCUCGACGGUCUAAGCAAUGAGGAGGCAACAAGGCUACUUCCGGUUAUGGUGUACCUUGGGAUACUGAUGAUCGUUGGCCUGGUGGGUAACUGUCUGGUCUUAUACGUCCACUUCCGGAAGUUCAACCCCAGUACGACUAGGACGUACGUCGUGUCGCUGGCGUUCUUUGACCUCCUUAGCUGCCUCAUCUCAGUCCCCGGGGAAAUUGUAGACUUGAGGUUUUCCUUCACGUUUGAAGCGGUGGCUCUGUGUAAAGCAGAGCGAUUCUGUACCACAUUCACCUCUCUGGCAUCCGGCUUCACGUUGAUGGCGGUGGCUGUCGACCGCUUCAGGCGUAUCUGUCAUCCUUUGAAACAACAGCUGCAGACAAGUGGGGCCCGGAAGGUCGUACUUGGGGCCUGUCUCCUCUCAGUUCUCUUCUCUUGGCCCGUUAUCGCCAUCUACGGCAAGAGGUCCGUGGACACGGAGUAUCGCCUCAUCAAAGGGAUUGAGUGUUCGACGGACGAUGAGUACAGAGUUACAAAGUAUCCGGCAAUUUACACAGGAUCCCUGUCCCUAAUAUUCAUCAUAUCCUUUGUUACCAUGAUAGUUGUCUACACCCUCAUAGGGAGGAGGGUGUUCCAGCAGAAGAAAUUCAGAAAGGUGUCCACGAGCAAAAGUCUUCAGCGGUCUCGGAGUCUGUCUGGCAGCGACAAGAUGCCAGCUUCACCAACAUCACCGAGGCCUGCACCGGAAAUGGACAGACCCUCCUAUGACGAAGGCCCGUCGGAGUAUUCCACAGCUUCCAUAGAUCCCCAUGUGAAGGAUGUCAGUCUCACCCGGAAGCCCUCUUUCAUGAAGCGUUUCCAAAAAGGGGCCCAGGACUCUAGGAGCAGGAAGACGACAUUCAUGUUGUUCCUCAUCACCAUGGUGUUCGUGUUGAGUUUCCUCCCCCACCUUGUCCUGAAAGGAGUCCAGGCGGCCAAGAGAUCCUUCCCGGGGGAUGCGAGCACUGCGGCCCUCAUCUUCUACAACAUCUUCGUGAGGUCCUACUUCCUCAACAGCAUCUCCAACGCCUUCAUCUACGGGUUCUGUAGUCCACGCUUUAGAAAAGAAUCUAAAGCUCUCCUUCAGGCUUUAAUGUGUCAUAAGAGAUGCGCGUCGCUGUCCAUCUCGAAAACCAAGGUGUGAGUGGUUUGUUACCAGGUGCGGACACGGAUGGUGGAUGUGGGAGACUGAGAUGGUUUGAGAACGGGUGGACAACAGGAGUACGCGGGAGGCGUUAGAACUGAUGUAUAGCGUGGUCAUAUGUGAGAUAAUAUAUAUCAGAAACACCGGAUAUAUUAAAAAAAACAAUUUGCAGGUUUAUGUUGCAGGUGUAAGGACCGAUAUGCAGGUGUGCAUGACAGGUGUUACAACACGUAUACAGGUACCUAGGUUUGCUUGACAGGUGUUAGAACACAUAUACCGGUGUGUCAAGCCAGGUGUUAAGAACAGAUAUGCCGGUUACGUGGCAAAUGUUAGAACAUAUAUGCCGAUGUGCGUGACGCCUGUUACAACAAAAAAUCAGGUUUGCUUAAUAUUUGCUAAAACAGAUACUAGUGUACAGGUGUGUUUGACAGAUUUUAGAACAGAUAUUCAGGUGUGCGUCACACGUGUUAGAACAGAUAUUCAGGUGUGCAUGACAGGUUUUAGAACAGAUAUUCAGGUGUGCGUCACACGUGUUAGGACAUAUAUUCAGGUGUGCGCAACACGUGUUAGAACAGAUAUACAGGUGUGCGCCUAACGUGUUAGAACAGUUAUUCAGGUGUGCGCGGCAGGUUUUAGAACAGAUAAUCAGGUGUGCGUCACGCGUGUUAGAACAGAUAUUCAGGUGUGCGUCACACGUGUUAGAACAGAUAUUCAGGUGUGCGUCACAGAUGUUAGAACAUAUAUUCAGGUGUACGUGGCAGGUUUUAGAAGAGAUAUACAGUGCGCGUGGCAGGUGAUAGAAUAUAUAUAUACAGGUGUGCGUGACAGGUACGUUCGGUUCACGUGGACAGUCACAAAUGGCAUCGGCAGACACCAUGAUGGUUAUUCUGUGAAUUCAGUUAUCAUUAUUUUUUCGUGUGUUGGACGUUUUGAACAAUGGCUUAACGCUAACCCUGGCUCUGCCUUGCGACCAUAAAUUCAUGCAACCCGGGAGGCUGCUGACGUGAAAAGUAGAUGACGCAUGAUGGCACUUGAGUUACAGACCAUCAUGCGACAGUGUACAGUAUGUGGACAGUGGACUGAUAAAAUCAUGCGGCAGUAGACAGUGUGUGGACAGUGGACUGAUAAAAUCAUGCGGCAGUAGACAGUGUGUGGACAGUGGACUGAUAAAAUCGUGCGGCGGUGGACAGUGUAUGGACCUGUGACUGAUAAAAUCAUGGGGCAUCGGAGAGUUUGUGGACAGUGGACUGAUAAAAUAGUAGGGCAGUGUACAGUGUGUGGACAGUGGACUGAUAAAAUCAUGGGGCAGUGGACAGUGGACUGAUAAAAUCAUAGGGAAGUGUUCAGUGUGUGGAAAGUGGACUGAUAAAAUCAUGCGUCAGUGUAUAGUGUGUGGACGGUGGACAAACAAAAUCAUGCGGCAGCGGACAGUGUGUGGACUGUGGACUGAUACAUUCGUGUGGCAGUGGACAGUGGACUGAUAAAAUCAUGCGUCAGUAGACAGUGUGUGGAUAGUGGACUGAUAAAAUCAUGCGUCAGUAGACAGUAUGUGGACUGAUAAAAUCAUGCGUCAGUGGGCAGUGUUUGGACAGUGGACUAAUAAAAUCAUGCGGCAGUGGACAGUGUGUGGACAGUGGACUGAUAAAAUCAUGCGACAGUAGACAGCGUGUGGACAGUGUUCUGAAUAACAUUCAUCGUACUCUGGGUGUGAUUCACCAUUACCUCUCAUUGUACUGUACUCAUUGUGGGGCGACCUUGACCUACAAAGGCUUAAGUCCACGACGUAGAUGUGCUUCAGCUGUGACUCACUGAAUAUAUAACAUCCACACUGCUGGGAGGAAAGGCGGAAUUGGACACGCGUAUGAAGACAUCGUUUAAAAAACACGCAAACACGUCUCCUCUUUAAGAUAUAUCCAGUUUGUUGUCUGAGAUGGCUAGCCGUACAGUUUCCUUUUAUUUCAGGGCAGGUAGCAUUUCCGACGACGUCGUUGUCGUUGUUGACACAGGUACUACAGUAUUGUUGUCAUGUUGAAUUAAAAAAAACAUCUUUGUUAAA